UGAAUAAGAUAUUUACGUGCCGACUGUAUACUAGGGGAUAUCUACACAGGUGCGAUCACCGCCGACGGCGAGCACCACAGCGCCUCCGUGACGGUCCUCGCACUAAGAGCAUCGCUUGGCUCGAUCUUGCCUCAGAUUCAGAGACAGAUGGUCGUCAAAGCCUCGCCUCUAGCCCAUAUACAGCUUACUCCCGAGGAAGCUGCGCGGCUGCACAACAUCUCCGUGACGUAUGCACGAGAAACAUUGCCUGAGCUAGCGGACAGGCCGUUGAUCGGAAGACGGAUGUGUUGGUGUGCGGACACGGCGGAUGGCGAGUAUGUGAUCGACUUUGUGCCGGGGAAGAAGGGAUUGGUCGUGAUUACAGGGGAUUCAGCUCAUGUGUUCAAGAUGUUGCCAAUUAUUGGGAAGUGGGUGAAGGACGUAAUGGAGAAAGGACGUCGAGAUAGCGCGCGGUGGCGAUGGAAAGAGGAGAGCGGUGCCACGGCGACAGGGAUUAGCUGGAGGGUUGGUCAGACUACGGAUUUUAAGGAGGUGAAGGAUAUACGGAGAGAUCCGGAAAUUAUCAAUGCAAAGUUAUAGACUUAGAUUUGCCCCCAUACAUUUUGUACGACUAAGAACUUUUGAGCCAGCUAGGGUGAAUUAUUGUUAUCUAUUUUAUCUUAGGAUAUCCAGGGGCUCAUUCUGCCUGCUUCUGAUAAUAUACUUAUGAUUGGUUUAUUGGGACUCGGGGCCAAUUUAACUUAUACUCGGAUUACUCUACAAAGUGUACUUUCUACCUUUUUCUCGCUUUCUCUACUUACUCCAUUUACU